AUGUAUUCAGAAGCAAUGAACCAAAUGAUUGAUGCAACAAAACUGAUCACUUCAAAGAACUUUUCAAGAUCUCCUAUUAAGCAUUACAAUGAUUCAAAAAGCUGCACUUUUAGGCUGUGCAUUUUAAAUCAAACACAAAAGAUAGAGAGUCUUAAAGGCUUUUUUUUAUUACUGGUGAUCAAUGAAGACUCCAUACGAUUUAAAGUUUUUUUUACAAUCAGAAACGAGGUCUAUAAGUUUUGUAACAGCAAUCUUUUACAAAAAGUCCUAGGAUUGAUUUCCUUAUUCCCCUUGUGGAUAUUUUUUUUGAAUUUAAAAAAGACCUAAUCCGUAAAAAUUAGAAAGGAAAUUUGGUUUAAUUUGUAAAUUUUUUUUAAAUUUAAGCUGUUUAAAAUUAACAGAAUUAGCUAGAGACUUCAUUAUACUAAUUUUAUCUUAUAUACCAACAAUUUUUUUUUCGCUCAUGAGAGGGGAAGUUAAUAAACUUAGAGCUCGAUUUAGGCUAUUUCAACAUUGUUGAAAAAGUCUUAGCUUGGCUUAAUCAGAUGGUGCUAACAUAGUUGUGAGGCUUCAGUGAGGAUCUCCAAGGAGAUUCAAAUUGCUUUGCGACCGUGCUUUUCGCAAGGUAACAUCUCCUCUUUGCCUUCAGGUCUCAGUGCUGAGUGGCCAGUCUUCGGACUUCUACCGCCUUGCUUUAAGCUGAGGGAUGCAAGGUCAUCGACACAAAAUAUCCAAAAAAAGGUUUUCUAGUGUAUUAUCGAAAAAAAGGAAAACUCCAAGGCGUAAACUCCGGUUCCGCGCUGAAAAAUUUGCCCGAUUGAUUGACUGGGUCCCUUUCCAACUUCUGAGUCUCUUUCUCCUUUGAAGUAAAAUCCAAUCCUGAAAGUGGACUAGGGCUAGGCUCCACACACAAUACUGAAUUGCUUGCCUAGCAUAGCUGUCCUUCUUUGAGCUGGUAAAACCUUGCCGAUAUAAUUUAAAUAUGUGUUCGAAGGAAGCCAGCAUAGCCGACCGCGAAGCGUGAGACGCCACAUUUAAACUAUCGUUGUUGAAAAAGUCAAUAUUCUGCAGUUAGAACUAGCCAUUUGGUAUAAGGAGCUGAAUAUUGGAGAGAUUCAAAACUUAAUUUUUCCUUACAUCAAAAAAGCUGCCAUAAACUUAACUAAGAUUAUAACCCCUGCAGGCCUUUUUUCAGGCUACUACUCGCCUCACUAUUGCUGCACCACUUGCUUGCCAGUCCGGGCCCGACUUUCCACUAUGUGACUCCUCAUAGAUAAGGGCUUGUACUUGUUAUCUAAGAGUCAGAGAUGCUAGGCUGCCCGUCGUGAGGGUUCAGCUUCAUUGAAAUUCGAAAAAUUGACACCUGUCAACCAAGAGGAAAUUUCAAGGCCCAGGACGUAAUUCCACAUGUCGCGUUAAGAAGCGUUCCCUAUUGGCCAGGGCGGCAACUCUCCUCAUGCUGCUGAGACUUUUUUCAGCUUUAAGCCACCUUUCCAACAAGAUAAAAUUGAUCUGUAUUAAGCACAGGCCAGCUUCCGACAAUUGCACUUACCAAAACCAAGUAACACCCAACCGGAUACACAUUUACCUCUUCCAAACUUCCCUAAGCCGUUACAAGAUAAAUUCCCCACAGCACUUUAAUGCCAUCAAAAAGCUGCCAAGAUUUAUAACGAUCGUGCCCAGCAGUUUUAUGCACUAAUACAAGAAUCAAAUAAAUCAUCAGAAAAUGGAAAAGCAAAUGUUUACCAAACAAAUUUAGGAAUAAGGCACAAAAGAUCUAGUACUCGGGAAUCUAGUGAAGAUGAAACAGACGAAGAAGUAACGUCUAGCAAUUAUAGGAGCGAUGAAAGUAAAGAAGAAGAAGAAGAAGAAGAAGAUUUUGAAAAUGAUGAAGAAUGCUCAGAUUCUAGAACAACAGAAUAUGAAGAUAAUUCCCAUAAUACAUCAGAAGUCAAGGAUGUAUUAAGCUUUAUUGAAAAAACCCCAAAUUUAAAAGAUUUUUUUGAAAAUAAUGUCAAAGAGUACCAAAAAGCCAAUUGUCCAGAAUUUAUUUGUAUGCCUCUUUGACAAUUUUUAGAAAUGUACGAUUUGCCAGAAGGCCUGCUUAAUGAGAUUUUAUUGAAGCUGGCAAAAAUGUAUGAUUACCGCUUGGAGUUUGAGGAAUUUCCUUAUAAAAAUAUCAUUAUUUAUGGAACAAAGCCUGAGGAUUAUAGUUUUUUCUUGAUAUCUGCUGGCAUUGAUAAAUUUUCUAAGAUCAGAGAUAUGAAAGAAAUCGAAUUUUCAAAGCCUACAGAGGUGUAUAAUGACCUAUUUGCCUAUUUCUUGGCAAUUCAAUCGAAAAUUUGGGAUAGCAUUGUGCAUCCGACUUAUGAAUUGUCUGUAUUUGAUAAAAUUCCUGCUGAGGAUUUUAAAAACUCAUCUUUAACUGAAGAGAGUAAGAUGCUUGGACAAGGAGGAUUUGGGGCUGUUUACGAGAACGAGUUACAUGGCACCAAAGUUGCUAUAAAAUUUGCAAAAGAGAAUAAAGAAGACAUUUUAAAAGCCCGGCUCAGACUGCAUAAAGAAUUGAGUAUAAUGAAAAGUUUAUGCCACGAAAACAUCACUCAAUGCUAUGGGUGUGUUCAAUAUGGCGAUAAAUUUGGUUUGGUUAUUGAAUAUUGCUCAAAGGGCACACUGAGAGAUUAUACUGCUUUACAAUGAAUAUGAAAAGAGCCUUAUUUAUUAGACAGUUAUCAUCGGAUUGCCAAAAAUGAUUUUGCAGGCGAAAUUCAAUUUUUGUAGAAAAUCUAAUAAUAAAAUGAUAGAAAAUCCCACGACGAAUAACAAUUUUCAUAAACAAAUUUAAUAUAUAAAUGAUUAUUAUUAAAAAAAUCUCUAGGCAAUUCUGUUUAAUAUUAAACAUCUUGCAUUUUAAAUAAUAUUUGCUUUAAAAAUUAAAAAAAAUUAACCCAUUCUUUAAGGAGGAGAGGAGUAAGUAUUUUAAGUGUAUUCAUUGCAGAUAAGUGUAUAUUUUCAGAAACCCAAGAAAAAGAUCUUGCUAAAAGACUUGAAUUUUUAUUAGGGAUUGCUCAUGGCUUGGAGUUCAUGCAUAGCAAGAAUAUCUGCCAUUUUGACAUCAAGCCACAAAAUAUAUUUUUUGACGAAAAUUAUGUUCCAAAAAUAGCAGAUUUUGGUAUGAGCGAGCAUCUAAGAAAAGGAUUGCCAGUCAAGCCAGGCUUUACCACUCAUUACUGUGCACCAGAACACAUAAAAGGGCAAAAUCCAAACCAAAGUGCUGAUAUUUGGUCAUUUGGGAUGACAGCAUAUGCUACUAUUGUACAAAGAUCACCUUUUGAUUAUCUAAAAAAGGCUAAUAAAAGUGAAUCAGAUCCACAAGAAUUUUGUAAGAAAGUAGAAAAAGAGAAGAUAAGACCUGAAAUUACAGAAAAUUUCAAAAAGCAUCUACCACAAAUAGUAAACUUAUUUGAAUGCACUUGGCAGAUAGAUCCAGAAGAAAGACCAUCAGCAAAAGAAAUAGGAGAUCUGAUAAAGAAAUGGUUGCUUAUUCUUCUCUCCACGAGUGAGUUAAAUAAAUUUGCUAGUUCAUGGAGAAGGUUAUUUUAUUUAAAAAAAAUUUAUAAUAAAUUUUUAAUUAGUGAAUUUAUAUUAUAGUUUAAAUAAAAAAAAUGUUCGCUCACUAAUAGGGAUUUUAUAAUAAUGUUUUGCUUAAAAUGGGUGGGAGAGUCAGUAUAAAAAGAAAAAGGGGCAAUUCUGAGUAA